GCCCCGCCUCAAACGCCCGGAAGUAAUCUCCCUUGAGACCCCUGCGUAGCUGAGAAACGGGAAUUUGAAAGGGUUGGGGGCUGGCCCAAGGGCUGCGGAGUGAAUGACCCCCCAGCCCCCUGCCCCUACCAAGCGACUCUGACUCCUUGAGGACUGCGUUUGAGGACGCGGGGCCUGAAGCUGACCGAGGGAGAUCCCCGCUGCUUCCCGCCACAGAAGCUGGGCCUCAUGGAAUCUACGUUCAGUAGCCCCGCCGAGGCGGCGCUGCAGCGAGAGGCGGGCGCAGCUGGGCUGCUCACUCCUCUCGAUGACCUGGACCGAGUGUACGAGCUGGAGCGAGUCGUUGGAUUUGUCCGCAACCUGGGGUGUCAAAGGGUGGCCUUGCAGUUCCCUGACCAGCUGUUGGGAGAUGCUGGGGCCGUGGCUGCACGACUGGAGAGGGCUACGGGGUCGAAGAUGUUCAUUCUGGGGGACACGGCUUAUGGCAGCUGCUGUGUGGAUGUACUGGGUGCUGAGCAAGCUGGAGCUCAGGCCCUUGUACAUUUUGGCCCUGCCUGCUUAAGCCCUCCUGCCCGCCCUCUGCCUGUGGCCUUCGUCCUUGGUCAACGUUCUGUGGCCUUGGAACUCUGUGCUAAGGCCUUUGAAGCCCAGAACCCAGACCCUACAGUUCCUGUGGUGCUGCUGAGUGAGCCGGCCUGCGCCCAUGCCCUGGAGGCCUUGGCCACUCUUCUGCGCCCACGGUACUCAGAUCUGGUUGUCUCCAGCCCGGCUUUUCCCCUGCCAGUGGAUUCCCUCAAUCCAGAUCCUGAACUCCUGGAGCGUUUUGGGCGCCAAUUCCCCCUGGCUCCAGGGAGGUGUCUGGAAGAGUAUGGUGCCUUCUAUGUUGGGGGCUCUGAGUCCAUUUCAGACCCUGACCAUGACCCAGACCUGAGCCGGCUGCUCUUGGGCUGGGCACCAGGGCAGUCUUUCUUCUCCUGCUGCCCAGAAACAGGGCAGACUCGGGAUGAAGGUGCUCGGGCUGGGCGGCUCAGAGCACGUAGACACUAUCUGGUAGAGAGGGCUAGAGAUGCCCGUGUGGUGGGGCUGCUGGCGGGCACACUGGGUGUGGCCCAACACCGUGAGGCACUGGCACACUUGCGGAACCUGACGCAGGCUGCUGGCAAGCGUAGCUAUGUUUUGGCCCUGGGACGACCCACGCCUGCCAAGCUUGCCAACUUCCCUGAGGUGGAUGUCUUUGUGCUGUUGGCCUGUCCUCUGGGUGCCCUAGCCCCCCAGCCUUCUGGCAGCUUCUUCCGGCCUGUAUUGACACCGUGUGAGCUGGAGGCUGCCUGCAACCCUGCCUGGCCACCUCCAGGCCUGGCUCCCCACCUCACACAUUAUGCAGACUUAUUACCUGGCUCUCCCUUCCAUGUGCCCCUCCCUCCACCUGACUCAGAGCUGUGGGACACCCCAGAUGUGUCACUCAUUACUGGGGACCUACGACCCCCACCUGCCUGGAAGCCAUCGAGUGAUCCUGGAUGCUCAGCCCUAACGCCGCGGCCCCAACUGGAGCUGGCUGAGAGCAGCCCUGCAGCCUCGUUUCUUAGUUCUCGGAGCUGGCAGGGACUACAGCCCCGCUUGGGUCAGACGCCAGUGACAGGAGCUGUGAGUGGAAGACGAGGAAUUGCCAUCGCCUACGAGGAUGAGGGAAGCAGCUGAUACCAUGUGGGACCAGAGUCACAGGUGGACUUAAGAAUCACUGCUAAAACCUUUAGUGCUCCCUGCAUCAACCUCACCCCUCUGCCAGGAUCCUUGAAGGAGACUCUCACUGAGGCAGCCCCUCACUUAGGAUAGGAUCCAACUCUAUCCUGUCCUUUCGUGGCACUGGCACAGGUACACAGCUUGGCAGAUAUUGGCUUACUAAAUGCCUGUUGUUUGACUGAUGGGGGGAAAUGGCUUUGGGUCCUCCCUGAAGCCUUCUGGGCCAACUAUCCUCCUGGGAGCAGUCCAGGACCUCUGGCCAGUCCCAGUUCCUGCUGUGCAGUCAAAGGCAGGUGCUAGAUGGUCUAGACCAGGGCUCUUAACCUUGGCACUAUUGACACUUUGGGCCAGAUAAUUGUUUGCUGUGAGGGGCUAUCCUGUGCAUUGUAGGAUGUUUAGCAUCGUCUCUGGUUUCUGCCCACUGGAUGCCAGUAGCAUACUCCUCCCCAGUUAUGAUAACCAAAAGUGUCUCUAGACAUUGACAAAUGUCCCCUGUGGGUGCAAAAUUGAGAACCACUAGUCUAUACCUAUGCUGUUCAAUACAGUAGCCACAUGUGGCUGUUCAAAUAUAAAUUUGAAUUAACUAAGAUUAAAAACUCAGUUUCUCAGUUAUACUAGUCAAAUUUCAGUGCUCAGAAAGCCACAUGAGAGGACAGCACAGAUAUAGGCCAUUUCCUGACAUUUCUGUCAGGCUAUACUGGUCUACCCUGACUCCAGUUUGUUUCUCAGGGAACAGAAACUUGAAUAAACUAGGUAAUUUUUCUUCUUGUUUCUUCUUAUUUGUCAAAUGCUGCAGGUCUUACACAGGUCGUGUGGGUCCAGAUCUGAAUUGUAUUUGACUGGAUUCCUGUCCUCACAGUGUAGUUAGAAGAAAGGCAGUUAAACAGGCAAUUACCACACAGUGAAGCAGUAUUUGUGAGGAGGGAAGUCCCCAAGGGUAGCUGAAGCCCAGAAGAGACUUACCAGAGGGAGUGUUACCCAAGCUGGAUCUCUUUGAGAAAAAAAA